AAGUAUCAGCGUGCCGUCUAUUCCAUUUCAAUUGCCAAACAACGGAGGCCAGAGCGUUGUUGCUGCUGUCGCCGCCGCUCUGUUUAUUUGAAUUGUAGAAAAUUACAUAUCUUUUUUCAUUUUGCGUGUCGAUAUCUCGUCGGCCGUCGCGUGCCGUCCUUGUGAGCUUCGAGUGCGUGUGUGUUAAUGUGUUGUGUUGUAUUUUUCAAUCCAAUGGCGUAUACGUUUGAUGUGGACGACGACGACGGCAAUUAGUCUUCAAUUGGAUUUCGUCUGCUUAAAAAAAAUCGCUACAUUUUAUUUUUAUAAAAAAUAAAUUAAGAAACCAUACCAAACGCCUAAUAUAAUGUUAAAAAUGAUGGCUUAUAAACACUCUUGAUAUUAGGUCUCCGCGCGGUGCUAUUACCACUCGGAAGGCCCCCUAAGUAACUGUUUUCUCUUAAUUCUUAAAAUUUCUUUUUAAUUUUAUAAAUGUUUAAUAUUAGUGUUUUGAGUAGAUAUUUUUUGUAUAUAUGUGUAUAAAUUCGUUUGUCACGUUUUAAGUGUUCUGAAUAAUAUCAGUUAAUUGCAAUGGGAAAUCAUAACAGUUUUAAUUUAAACCACAAAGAUCAUCUGCACAAUGCAAGGAUUAAUUCCCUACACAAAGAUCCGACUCUCAGUAUGUUGCCGAUGGAAAAACUAGGAAAGUUACUAGUUCAAAAGAGUUUAGAAGAAGAUGCAAUUAAUGGGAUAGGAUGUGGUGUAUUUAAGCGUUAUUUGUUUCCACAAUACCCAGAAAUGGCCCGUAAGCUUUUUGCGUUUUUAGUCACAUCAUCUGGGGGUCCUGCAUCUUCUCAUGUCAUCAGUUACUCCAACUUCAAAAAUCAAACGGAGCGAUUGCUAAGUGUUCUGGCUGAUGACCGCCAAGUAUUGAUGUACGUCAUGAUGUAUGCUGACGGAAAAGAAGAAAUCGAUCAAGAUCAAUUCCGGGAUCUCCUCUUGGCCGUGUAUAAACUUGCGAUGGACCAUUAUCCGGAAGGACCUCAAUCGUGUCGAUAUAUAUUUAAGACUGUUCAAGCCAUCGUCGACUCGGCGUUCCACAAAAAGCUAAUCCUCAAAGUGGGCUACCUGACUAAUUGGAUCCUCCAACACUGUCCCCGGCUGAUAGUGUUGCUCCACCGGUAUAUCGUGCACAUUCUAUCCACCGGCUACAGGUCCGUUAUCGAAAAAUGUCCGUAUUCCAAACCCAAUGAUCUCGAAUUGACCACUCCGGUUCUAGAAAAAGAAAACGUUUUCACAGCCGAGAAGAAUCCGUUGUUACCGCUGUCUCAAGUGUGGAUAUUGUCUACCACACUACCGGCGUUGUACACUCAGCCUAUUAUGCAUUCCAAACCGACGCCCAACUGUUUCAACACUCAAAACUUCCUAUCGAAAUUUUUGGACUUUUCGUGUCCAUCACAUUGGACACUAUUGUACAACAGCAAUCAACACGGUAUCGGAAGUAAUAGAUUUUUACAUCACGUGUUAAGUUACCGAGGACCAACGUUAACGUUCCUGCGUGGCGACGAAGGCGUUCUGUUCUGUAUAGGCGCGACUACCGAAUGGCGGGAAUCCCACCAAUACUGGGGCGGAGACGAUUCCAUCAUCUUGCAAAUACUUCCCCAGUACAGAGUUGUAAAUCGUGGCCCUAAGUCCAUGUAUUUGAACACUACUAUUCGUGGAUAUCCUAAGGGCAUCAGGGCUGGUAGCGAUCCCAGAAAACCGGCCAUACAAGUUGACGAUUCCUUUCAACACGUUGUCCAUUGUGGUAUACCAUAUAAAUUGGAAAGCAUCGAAGUGUGGGGUUGUGGUACUGUAAAAAACAGGGAAAUGCAAUUGGACAUAAAGACAUGGCAGAUAAAGGAAGCCGAGAAGAAUAAAACAUUAAAAAUGACAUCUAAAGAAUGGCUUGAUCACCCAGACCGAUACCUACUAGAGCUAGCUGGCCGACAGUCAUACUCAACUACUUAAAAUGUUUAUAUAGUAAUCAUUUUAAGUUCUUCUCAGUCCUAUUUACAGAUGUUAAUUUAAUUUGUGUUUGUGUGUACAUGUUUUUUUUAUAUAUAUAUAUCUACCUAUCUAGAUGAACCAUUAAUACUUAAUCAUUUUCCGACGUACUUACAGCUACAAAAGUAUUAUUUUAUCAGUAUUAACCGAGUACCAAGCUAAAUUUUUAUUAAAAAAAUCAUACGUUUUAAAAUUUGACCAUCAACUUCUGCUUAAAACUUCUAAAUCUUAUUGUAGAAUUACAAUCCAACAUAAAAUUGGACUUGAGAGUAAUGUUAUCAGUAGCUGAAUGUUUUUAUUUCUUUUAAACUGCAAUUAAUUAACUUAAUAGACUGUUCAAAUAAAUUUGUCAAUUUUAAUCAUCUAAAAGUGGAAGAAUAUAAUUCUUUAUCGAGUGAUAAGCCUGUGAUACACCCAUCAGCUCAUUGUAUAAGCAAUUAUUUUUUUAAAUUAAAUUACCGACGAAUUUAGUAGCGAGGCUGAGGGAUUUUCAAUCUCAAUAUUUCUUAAAGAAUUAAUUAAAAAUAUAAUCAUAUUUUUAGUGUUCCAUUUUUGUGAAUUAUUGUCUUUUGUGUGGAUAAAUCAAGGAAAUUAUUCUUGAUAUAUUUAUUUGGCGUGAAACACAUAUUCAGAGUUCAAGAUUUGUAUCUAUAUAAAGCCAUAUUAAAAUAAAGUGUAACAAUGUAUAGUUAUUUUAUUUAUUUAUUACUAUUUAUAAUACAAAUAAGAAAUUAAGUUAGUUAAUGUAAUACUAAAUUGUAAAAAAUCACCUUAAACCGUUCUGUAGAUAAAG